UUGAACAUUUUGCAAGCCGGAGUGGCUGGAGGCAGGUGAACGUCGAAGAGGAAGGAGCUCGGCUCUACUUGCGCGCUCUUCUGAGACUGUCAGCGCGGAGAACCUUAAAGUUGUCUUUGAAAUAUUUUUAGGCAGGUGUAUUUAUAAAGAUAGAAGUACUCCGUCUUUAUUAUUAUUAUUUUCAUUCCUGGUCUCCACCGCUUUUGAAAGCCAAUACUUUUUUUUCCCUCUCUCAUUUUUUUUUUUGGCAAAGGACGGAGGAAAAGCUUAAUUUUCAUCAUUUCACAGGGUUUCGAUUGACUUGCUUUGUUUUAAAAAAAAUUGGGGGGAUUGAGUUCCUCGCAAUGGAGAAGAUGUCCAGACAGCUCCCCCUGAACCCCACCUUUAUCCCGCCUCCCUACGGCGUGCUCCGGUCCCUGCUGGAGAACCCGCUGAAGCUCCACCACGAAGACGCAUGUACUAAGGAGAAAGAGAAGGACAAGAAGCUGGACGAUGAGAGCAACAGCCCGACCGUCCCCCAGUCUGCAUUCCUGGGACCCACCUUAUGGGACAAAACCCUUCCCUAUGACGGAGAUACUUUCCAACUGGAAUACAUGGACCUGGAGGAAUUUUUGUCAGAAAAUGGCAUCCCCCCCAGCCCAUCGCAGCAUGACCACAGCCCUCACCCUCCGGGGUUGCAGCCGGCCUCCUCCACUGGCCCCUCGGUCAUGGACCUCAGCAGCCGAACCUCUGCACCCCUUCACCCUGGCAUACCAUCUCCAACCUGUAUGCAGAGCCCCAUCAGACCAGGCCAGCUGCUACCAGCAAACCGCAACACACCAAGUCCCAUUGAUCCUGACACCAUCCAGGUCCCGGUGGGGUAUGAACCAGACCCGGCAGACCUUGCCCUCUCCAGCAUCCCGGGGCAGGAAAUGUUCGACCCUCGCAAGCGCAAGUUCUCCGAGGAAGAACUCAAACCACAGCCCAUGAUUAAGAAAGCUCGCAAGGUCUUCAUCCCUGAUGAUCUGAAGGUGGCUUCUGGAAUAUGCUCUCAUGACUCAAUACUGAUCAGCAGGAAGGAGAAGCAGCAAAAGGAUGACAAGUACUGGGCAAGGCGCAGAAAGAACAACAUGGCGGCCAAGCGCUCCCGAGAUGCCCGGAGGCUGAAGGAGAACCAGAUUGCCAUCCGGGCCUCGUUCCUGGAGAAGGAGAACUCCGCUCUCCGCCAGGAGGUGGCUGACUUGAGGAAGGAGCUGGGAAAAUGCAAGAACAUACUUGCCAAGUACGAGGCCAGGCACGGUCCCCUGUAGGCUGGCUUCUGAGUCCACGGACAGCUUGUGUCCUGUCUGGUAGCACCACACCCCAACCAACCUUUCUGACAUCAGCACUUUACCAGAGGCAUAAACACAACUGAUUCUCAUUUUCGUGUGCAUCUGUGUGUGUGCACGCGCGCACGCGCGCGUAUGUGUGUGUGUGUACAUACGUGUACAUGCUUAUGGUCCUGUAUGAGUGUUACUUCUCACUUGCCAUUUGAAGAUAGUCUACUCAUUGUCUCUUAGUUCCAAACAAGAAAGGUGCCAUGUUUUUACUAGACUUUGGAGACCUCUCCUGGGGUUUCCUCCCCUCCCUUCUCCACUCCUGCCCUGUCUGCCUUGCUUCAUGUUCCAGUGAACCUACCCUUCCAGGAUCUGUGUGGCUCCAUGAAUCUGGGCCCUGGCAAAGCAGCGGAUCUCGGUUUUCAGGAGCACGGUCUCUUGUUUCUGUUCCACCCGCAAGUUCCCAUGCUCAGCAGGUGUACAGAAUACCUUAGCACUACAUCCCGGCUGUGUUCUUUUACAGGUUGCUGUCCUUGGUUCUUGCUGUGUUCUUGUUUUCCAGUUCGGGUGAUAAUCAUCAUCAAAUUUAAAGUGCUGUUUAGAUUCAUUAGGUCCCAUAUUUACUUACUUCUCUUUACUAAGUUUCCUUUCACUUCUCCCAGCCCCAGAUAAGUAAGUACUAUUAUAGAACAGAGUGUGUUUUUGCACUGUCUGUACCUAAAGCAAUAAUCCUAUUGUACGCUAGAGCAUGCUGCCUGAGUUUUACUAGUGGACGUAGGAUAUUUUCCCUACCUAAGAAUUUCACAGUCUUUUUUUAAAAAAAAAAUUAAAGUAAUGCAUCUCAGCAUGAACAGAAUCUUCUCAGGACAGGGAAGCAGAAGGCAAUGGGAGGUCUAAGAACAAGGAGUUGAUUUAUCAGGAUGUGAGCCAAAAACAUGCAUCUUAGAGAAGCCUUUGACAUGGAUGUCUUAGUUUUGUCAUUUUUCCCCUCUCUCACACCCACUCCCUCCCAUUAUUCUAGUUAACUUUUUCCAAUGUCCCUCCUGAUGUUCAAAACGAUUCAGUUAUUUAAGCUUCAGUUCUUUCAUUUUUUUUAUAAUACGUACUUUUAUGAAUUAUACUUUGCUGUUUUUAGGAAUCAGUUAAGUUAAAAAGUUAAUGUUUUUCAAGGUCCCAUUUCCCUCAUGGUAUCAUUUUUGAAUGCCUCAUAAAGUAAUGGUCCCGUAGCUUAUGUUUCUUAUCCUCUGUUUGCUUUUGAACGUGUGUGCUCUUAUAAAGUGGACUUCUGAAAAUCAAUGAAUGUAAACGACACUGGUGUAUCUCAGAAGGGGAUGGUGCUGUCACAAACUGUGGUUUAUCCAAUCCAUUUAAAUGUUUACUAUAGACCAAAAGGAGAGAUUAUUAAAUUGUUUAAUGUUUAUACAGAGUAAUUAUAGGAAGUUCUUUUUUGUACAGUAUUUUUCAGAUAUAAAUACUGACAAUGUAUUUUGGAAGACAUAUAUUAUAUAUAGAAAAGUAAAAAAGGAAAACUAUUCCAUGUUUUAAAAUUGUAUAGCAAAGAUAUAUAUUCACCGAUGCUAUAUAGAGAAGUGCUUGGGGGUUUUUGAAGUCUUUAAUAUUUUAAGCCUAUUACUGACACAUCAGCAUGUUUUCUGAUUUAAAUUAAAAUUUCAUGACAAUAUCAAGGCUUGCUGUGACGAAUCCUGCUCCGAUGCGUUCUUGUUUCCUAUGAGGUCUCAGAAAGAAGUCAGUUAACGUCACCCAAAAGCACAAAAUGGAUUUUAGUCAAAUAUUUAUUGGAUGAUACAGUGUUUUUUUAGGAAAAGCAUCUGCCACAUGAAUGUUCACUUCGGAAUUCUGAGUUUCUGGAAUGGAGCGUGGCUGCCAGAGCCCCGAAUGAUUUUGUUCUCCUCUCUGGGCCCAUGCGUCUCAUGUAGUAAAAGGGUGACAUCGGUGCUAUGUGUAUGGCUUAUAAUUCAAUUGACAUUUUGACUUUAAAAUGAUUGUUCUUUUGUUUCACAAAGUUGCAUUAUGUCAAGAGAGUCUGCUGUUAACCACAAACUUUUGUGUGCUAGAUUAAAACCCCUUUCCAUCAAUGGGUGUUUUCUAGUUUCCUGCCUCCAUAGCAUCAGAGUUCCCUGGAGAUUUGGUGGCCACCUCAGUCCAUCAAUAAUGCUUCUCGCUCUAGUGUCAGGGUUUUUGGGAAUGAUAUCUGUAAGAUAUCCCUAUUAGUACCCAUUUUAUUCCAAGCCACAGGUAACUGCAGCAAAUGAGGCAGUAUUGGACUUGAAAAAUGCAGCCCAGUAGCCUAGGGUAAUAAAACAAAGCCUUUGACCAUCUUACCUAGAACUGAAUUUGACGUGACCUGCUAAGAGCUAUAAGUGGACGCAGAGUUGACCUUUUUACAGAUGAAGAGGCUAAUUGCAGACCUGUUCAAUGAUAAUGUUUGUUAAAACAAAGACAAGUUUUAUAUUUAAGGAUAAGAAUGACUGAAGGGUUAGACUAUGGACCAUACAAAUUUGUGGAGAUGUCAAAUGGUAGCUGAAAAAAAAAUACAUAUUUGAGCACUGGUCUUUCUUGGCAUUGUUUGUAUCAAAUUGACAUUACAAGUGUUUUCUCCAGAAGAAAUAAAAAGAUUGUCAUAAAACA